AUGGCAUCGACAGCACAAUCCCAUGAUCCACUCCAUGUAUUUUUCUUCCCAUUCAUGUCACCAGGCCACCUAAUUCCCAUGAUCGACAUAGCUCGACUCUUUGCCUCACAUGGCGCAAAAGCCACGAUCCUCGCCACCCCUCAAAACAUCACUCGCUUCCAAACCAUCCUCAACCGCGACCAACACGCCAACAACGACAACAACAACAUCAUCGACCUACUCGUCCUCGACUUCCCUUACUCCGAAGCAAACUUACCAGAAAACUGUGAAAACCUCGACACUCUCCCAUCACGAAACUUGUCCUAUAAUUUCACAAAGGCCAUCAUGAUGCUCCAACCUCAAGCUCAACAACUUGUUCAACAACACCAACCUGAUGCAAUCAUUUCCGACCUUAACUUUCCAUGGACGGCCGAAAUUGCUCGAAACUGUGGCAUCCCACGGCUUGUAUUUCAUGGAACAUGUUGCUUUUCACUAUGUCUCAAUAGCUGUGCUUCUCAGUAUAAGCCUCACGCUACUGUGAGCUCUGAUACAGAGCUAUUCUUGGUGCCCGGUUUACCUCACCCAGUUUAUAUUACCAUGUCUCAGAUGCCAGACCGGUUUUUUGGCAACUUGGGUUUGCAUGAAUUCUUUGAGAAAUUCAUAGAGGCUGAGCGUGACACGUACGGUGUCGUGUCCAAUACGUUCUAUGAGAUUGAACCAGAAUAUGUCAAACACUAUGAAAAACUUGUUGGCAAAAAGGUAUGGCCGGUUGGACCUGUUUCGCUUUUCAACACUAAAGCUUUGGACAUAGCGGAGAGAGGGAAUAGAGCUUCCAUUGACAAAGAUCAAGUGCUCACAUGGCUGGACUCGAAGAAACCAAACUCGGUGCUCUAUGUUUGUUUUGGCAGUCUCUGUAAUUUUUCAAAGUCACAGCUUUUGGAGAUUGGGUUAGGCCUUGAAUCUUCAAAGGCUUCAUUCAUUUGGGUAAUCAGAGAUAGCUACGGAGAUUGGUUUUUGCCAGAAGGUUUUGAAGAGAGAGUUAGAGACAGAGCCCUUGUCAUAAAGGGUUGGGCUCCACAGGUUCUUAUUCUUAAUCACUCGGCAGUUGGUGGGUUCAUGACUCACUGUGGGUGGAACUCGGUGUUGGAAUCGGUUACUGCUGGUGUGCCUUUGAUAACUUGGCCACUCUUUGCUGAACAGUUUUAUAAUGAGAAUUUUGUGCUGAAUCGGUUGGGAGUCGGAGCUGAAAUCGGUGUCAAAACCGGGUUGGCAUGGGGAGAGGAGGAGAACAUUGGUGUUUUGGUAACUAGGGACCGUGUUGAGGAGGUGGUGACUUGGUUAAUGGGUGAGAGUGAAGCAGUGCAAGGAAUGAGGAAUCGGGUGAGUGAACUCAGCAAGUUGGCAAUGGCUGCUAUAAGCAAAGGUGGUUCAUCUUAUGUUAAUAUGGGACUUCUGAUAGAGGAUCUCCUGAAUCUGAGAAGGGACAGGUUGUCAAAGAGUGAAUAG